AGUGCUCUCAAAAUGUGUGCUUGCUAGUUGGAAAGUAGUUUUUUCCACCCCCGUCAUGUUGAGUCAAAAGUUACUCAGACGAGCCUGCCUCUAACAGAACCGAGAUAUUACGAGACGGUUUAUAUAUAUAUUUUUUUUUUAUUUAGUUUUAAUCGACAAUUAAUCCAUUGCCGCCAUUAGCAGAAGAUGGAGGAGGACGAGGAACCUCCUGAGGAGUAUGUUGCUCUGUGCAGCUUCACUGGAAAUGGCAGCGAUCAGCUUAGUGUCAGCAGAGGCGACCGACUGCUCGUCCACGCCAAGCCGUCUUCAGAUUGGUGGUGGGUGGAGCUAAGAGGGGCCAACGGUUACGUCCCUGCCAGCCACCUCCUCCAUGGGGAUGCUGCAGAACAGCAGGAGGUGGAGGACCCGUGGCAGGAUGAGGAGUACUUUGGCAGUUAUGGAACCCUGAGGCUCCACUUGGAGAUGCUGUCAGACAAGAGCCGCACGGAGGCGUUCAGGAAGGUCAUCGUCAGGAACAGCGCUUCCCUCCAGGAGAAGGUGGUCAUGGACCUCGGCUGCGGGACGGGCAUUGUGAGCCUGUUCUGUGCUAAGCUGGCUCAACCGGCGGCGGUGUAUGCCGUGGAGGCCAGCUCCAUGGCGGCGUGCACCAGAGCGCUGGUGAAGCAGAACGCAUGUGAGGAGGUGGUGACGGUGCUGCAGGGGCGAGCAGAGGAGGUCCAACUACCUGAGCAGGUAGACAUUCUGGUGUCGGAGUGGAUGGGGAACUGCCUACUGUUCGAGUACAUGGUGGAGUCAGUCCUGCUCGCAAGGGACCGCUGGCUGAGGGACGGUGGCACCAUGUGGCCCUCCUCUGCGACCCUCACCCUAGUCCCAUGUAUGGCCCAUGGCUACUACGCAGAGAAAAUGGCCUUCUGGGAGAACACCUACGGCCUGGACUUUACCCCUCUUCAACCUCUCGCACUGCAGGAGUUCUUUGCCAAACCCAAGUUCAGCCACGUCAUGGACCCGGACGACUGCCUGGCCUCUCCUGAGGACGUCAUCCGCUUGGACAUGUACACGUUGCAGGUAGCAGACCUGGAGGAAAUGCAGGGUCAGUUUCAGUUUUGCUUGGAAAAAUCAGGCCUUUUCCACGGCUUCUCCGCCUGGUUCAGCGUUUGUUUCAAGAGCCUGGAAGAAGGGGGGGCAUCGGUAGAGCUCAACACCGGUCCCAAUGCUGAACCAACACACUGGAAGCAGACGCUAUUCAUGCUUGAUGAGCCUAUUUUUGCUCAUGUUGGCGACAGCAUUCGCGGAAGCAUCAUUCUACGCAGGAACCCCGUCUGGAGGCGCCACAUGACCGUCACCUUGCACUGGGACGUCAGCAGCCACGUGCAGGAGGCGCUCUCGUGCAAGGCCGGGAGCAAGACCUUCCCUAUGUGGAGAUGACGGCUUCUCACCAUCUGCUACAUCACAGACACAGAAGGACGGGAGGUCACAGGGCAAGUCCACUUUCCACUCAGUUAAAGCAAUAAAGUGUACAGUCUAGGUUUUAAGUCAGUACAAAUAUGCCAUAAAAGUAUAAAACAUAGUGAACCACUGUAUAGUUUGUCUUAAAAAGAUAUUGUGUAUCAUCCAUUUGUAAUAAAUAAUCAUCACAUUCAUGGUAUCACAGAUAAAUUUACUUAUUCAGUCUUACCAGUGCUGCAGAUGGAUCUUCAAAUAUC